GAGCAGGAAGCACGCUAUAUCGAUUCCAUCUAAAAGUACACUCGGUACAAAAUUGUGCUUAGCAUGGAAAAUGGUCGGAAUGGGACGCUGAGCAAUGGGCACCAUGAAGGAGAGGAGGCGGAUAUGACAGAAGUGCACAGCGCAGACAAUGGCGACGAGCAGGAUCUUGAGAGUGGAUCCGACGAUGGGAGUGAACCAGAACAGGACGAUGCGAAUAACGAUGCCGGUGAUGCAGAAUAUGAGCUAAAUAGGGAAGAACCGGAGUCUCCCUCUGCGCAUGACUGGAAGCUCAUUUUGAUGAAGGCCGAAUUCGCUGAAGAGCUGUGUGAACAAAUACGUAAGAUGAAGCCUUACGAAAGAUGCAAACGUACUGGUCGUGUGGUACCUACUAAAUCACUCCGGUGUUUGAUAGAGGGUUUCUUCUUGUUCCUCGACUGUGGCAGCAAGAUCGCCUUCAAAGUUAUGAAGAAUCUGACCAAGGAUGUUUUUGCACGCUGUGAUCUCCUUUUCGAAAUUAGUCGUAUCUUUCCAGAUCAAGUGCUGAGCUUCAAGCAAGAUAACGUCUCGACAUGGUUCAAUGUGUUUCAUUUUGUCAAGUUUGUUCCUGAUCCUCGUGUCUCUGUGACUCCAAGAGUUUUCAGCGUUGUUCAUCAUCCACUCCAAGCACACAAGAAAAAGAAGCUGAUAAGAAUGUUCCAAGAAAAUUGGAUCGCGUUGUUGAGGUGCACAGUGCCUCCUAAACUUUUGUCUCUGUUGAUACCCUACGUUACCGAGAAUGUCCUAGAUAAGCUGGACGAACCUCACAAAACCGCCGAUUUUUUCUUCAAGGCUUUCGAUAAAGGUGAUAUGUUUGCUAUUCUGUCACUAGGCGCCAUUUUCAAGUUGAUUGUCGCUCACAAUUUUGAGUAUCCCAACUUCUACGACCACGUUUACUCAUUAACCAAGCCAUCCGUACUGUACUUGGAACAGAAAGAGAAAUUCAUUACCCUUCUUGAUCAGUUCCUCUCAUCUACGCACAUCCCUAAUUAUGUGGUCGCGGGUUUUGCAAAGAGGCUUUCUCGCAUGCUUCUCUUAGCUCCACUGGACGCUCAAGAACCGGUACUAGGAUUGAUCAGAAAUCUGAUGACUCGCCACCCUAAUGUAGCUUGCCUCAUUCAUCGUGAUGUGCCAGGUGGAGUCAUUUGUACGCUUCCGUUAAGUAUAGCCGUGCACAGUAUAAUGAUAAAUUCCUCAUCCAUCAUUGGUCCUAAUCUCGCUGUACCUAUGACUCCUUUGAAUUUCGAGCAGCAAAGUUAUCGAGAUACAAAUCAUAUGCCGGCAUCAAAUCUACCAGCAGCUAUGAUGCCAGCUACUCCAGCUAGUGCCAUUGACAUUCCCAUGCCCACUUUGCAAAAUAUUGUGUCUACCGUGAAUUUGGGUGUACCACUGGACUUGAAGAAGAUAGCUUUGCAUGCACGCAACGCAGAAUAUAAUCCAAAACGUUUUGCCGCUGUGAUCAUGCGCAUUCGUGAACCGCGAACAACUGCACUCAUAUUCUCCAGUGGCAAAAUGGUUUGCACUGGCGCAAAAUCAGAGGAUGCUAGCAGGCUGGCUGCUCGAAAGUACGCUAGAAUAGUGCAAAAACUAGGAUUUGACGCUAAAUUUACGGAGUUCAAAGUGCAAAAUAUGGUAGGAUCCUGUGAUGUACGCUUCCCUAUCCAACUGGAGGGACUAUGUGUGACGCACACUCAAUUCAGUACCUAUGAACCAGAGUUGUUCCCUGGACUUAUCUAUCGUAUGGUCAAACCUCGUGUGGUCUUGCUGAUCUUCGUUUCUGGAAAGGUUGUUAUCACUGGAGCCAAGUUCAAAAAGGAUAUUGACGACGCUUUCAGCCAGAUAUACCCGAUAUUAAAAGGAUUCAAGAAGUGAAUUAGCUAUCUGUUUAGAAAUGUUUGCUUUCGAUUAGACUGGAAACUUGGAAAAGCUGUGCAAGAAUUUGAUAGUCAUGCGCUUCGGUAGUUGAAGAGUUAUCUGUACAGCGAUGCGAUCAAUCAUACGUGUGUGUGUUCUACAGUAUUUCUUUCGUUGUUAUGUUCAGAUUCUUAUAUUGUUACAUGUUUCUAUUUUUCUCGAAUGUUGUGUGGACAUGAUGCUCAUUUGGUCUUGGUGAACAAAAUUGAAUUCGAAUUGUUAGUGUAUAUAUCGUAUAAUAUGUUUGCCUCUAUUUAUGACGUGGGAAUGAAUGUGGCACUCUGAUUUUUUUG